CUAACAAGCUGAUUUUUCUAAUCCUACCCAAAUGCACCUAAAUAUGUGAAGGAAAAGCAAAUCACCAAGUAUAAACCUGAGUCCUGAAAUUUACAGAAUGGUUCUCCCCUGGGUGAGAGAGGUCCAAUCUAAUUCUACAAAUGCCCUUCGAAGGUGUCUGCACCAUGCCUACAAUGUAAUGAAAUAUGUUUUUUUUUUUUCUCUAAAAGAAAAAAAUAGCAUGAGGCCUUGUUUGGUCUCUUGGUGCAAAGCCCUUGAGCCUCAUCACACAAAUGGCUCUCCAAACCUCAUUCUAAAUCUACUGAAAAAUUUCAGCCGUCUGAUAUCUCCAAUCCUGGCAUCACAAAUGAUAUGAUAUCCCCUUGUCCUCCUACUUUGCCCCAUCUCCUUCCCCUUCCCCUUCCCCUCCCUGGCAUUUGGAAUGGGGCAAAAACCCUAGCAGUGAACGGUAAAACCCUUCACAUCUCUUUGUCCCCUCCCCCCUCACCAUGCGCCAUGCGCCUCCUCCCCUUCUCCUUCUCCUCCUCCUCCUCCUCUUCUUCUUCUUCCAGUAAGAAACCGAAGAUUUCAUUGUUCCUCAUCCUCUCGCGCGUCCUCUUCUGCACCCUCUCCAUCCCCAAGCUCAAGAAUCUCUGCUACCGCCACCGCGCGCGCGCCCUGCUGGAGGCCCAGCGCGCCCUGACCGACUACCUCCACUCGACCCGCUCCCUCCCCUUCUCCCACGCUGACCUCAUCGCCUCCAACUCCCCCUUCUCCCUCUCCGCCUUCGUCUCCCAGGUACCAUUCCCCCCCGCCGCCUCCCCCGCCGACUUCCCCCGCACCCUCCGCCGCUUCCUGUCGUACCGCCCCGUCAACGAGUUCGAGUUCUUCUUCGAGUCCAUCGGCCUCCCCCCCACCCACCCCGCCGUUCCCUCCCGCGCCCUCUUCCUCUCCGACGACCCGCCUCUCCUCGCCGCCGUCUCCGCCCUCGUCCGCUUCGCCUUCCCCUGGACCCGCCUCGGCCUCCUCUACCGCGAGCAGCCCUCCAUCUUCUCCACCCCCCCGGCGGUCCUCCUUGCCCGCCUCCACGCCCUCGAGGCCCGCGGCCUCCGUCGCCUCUGCGUCAUCGCCGUCUGCCUCGCCUUCCCCUCCGUCCUCGACCGCGACGCCGACGCCGGCAGCGACGUCGACCUCCUGCUCGACGAUUUGAAGCGCGCCUUCGUCGACUUCGAUCUCGCCGGGUGCGCCGUUGCUGGCACAACACGCGAGGACGACGGCAAUGUCGACGUCUUCCUUCGGAUUUGCAGGAGGAUCCGGGUCUUCUACGAGCUCGGCUCUCCGAAAGGUCGGAUGGGAGAGCUGAUUGGCAGGAAUCGGAGGGUUUUUCUCGAGCUGGACGAGGCCGCAUUGGCCCAAAAAUUGAGUUUUUUCAUCAGAUUAGAUAUGAAGGGCGAGCAAGCCGGGACCUUUCUUCUGCAGCAUCCUGAAAUUUUGGAUUUUGAUCUGGAGAACCCGAGCAUUGCCAUGCCCGAGUAUAUGCAAUGCAUCGGCCUAACUAAAGAGGAAGUGGCUUCGCUGUCUCGGAGGUUCCCGUACGUGAUGGGCAAGAAUAAAUUGAGCAAUUUGCCGGGCUCACUGAGAGCUAUGGAGCUCCACGAGUGCUUCCUUGGCAAGAUCGUUUCAGAGGGGAAUCACCAGUACCUCUCAGCGGAUUUUGCUUCUAAUACUGCCUCUUUGCACGAUAGGAAGAUUGAGAGUGAUUUUGUGAACGAUCUGGAAAGGUUAAAAUCUGUGAAAAAGGAGCAGUUUGUGGACAAUAAAGUGGAGUUCUUGCUUGGUAUUGGUUUUGGUGAGAACAAGAGCACCAUCAGAGCUGCCUCGUUGAUAAACAGCACGAAAGAUCAGCUGCAGGAGCGGUUCGACUUCCUUCUAGAGAUGGGGAUUGGGUACUCAAUGCUUUGUAGAAUGAUAAGCGCGACUCCCAAAUUGCUUAACCAGAGCAAGGAAUCGCUCCAUGAGAAGGUGAAUUACCUAUGUAAUGACUUGAACUAUUCUUUGCAGUACCUCAAUGUCUUCCCAGCUUUUCUUUGCUUUGAUCUGGAGAAUAGGAUCAGGCCCAGAUAUAAGAUCCUUAAUUGGCUUAAGGAGCAUGGUUUGCUCAAGAAGCCUUUUGCCCCAGCUACUGUCCUUGCUAACUCCGAGAAGAGGUUCAUGAUCAACCUCUAUAGCGUACACCCGGCAGCUCCUAAACAAUGGUUGGAGUGUUUCUCUUCUAGAAGUAACACUGAUGGUAGUCAGAGAAACUUAUUUUUGCCUCGCCCAGAAUCUCGAGCCAAUUGUUGAAUGAUUACAAAAAAGAAAAAUUGAGUCGUUGAAAGCCUUCCAUCUAGCCAUCAGUUGAGCUGCUACAAAUUUUUCAUCAUCAUAAAGACCCAAGAAAAGCAAACAGUGGAAGAUAUAAUGGAACCUGAGGCGUCCUUGGGCAAGAGCAAUGCUGCAACAUGUGGAUUUUUUUUUUCCCCAAAGAGAGUUAUUUAAGAUGCUUACAGCUGGGGCAAUUAAUUUACUUAUUUUGUACUUCUAUGGCAUUCAUAAUAUCAUAGUGAGAGAAUGGGCUGUGCAAACAUUGCUAUAACCGUGCUUAUGGAAUUUCUUAAUAGCUACCCUAGGAGUGCUUGGUCAGAGAUGCAGUCUCGAGCAGUGCCAGUGACAUUUUACACAAGCUUGAGCUUAAAAGCCACUGGAUGAAAGACUUUGUCUAGCUAUCAAGAACUCAAAAUGCACAAAGAACCUUGAAAAGAUACAAAUAUUUGUGGAGUUACCUUCAGUUUGGUGAUUACAUCCAGGCUUAAAUUGCAGCAGCUCACUGUAGCCUGAGGGAGCUGGAUGAAGCUGAAGUUUCUUUUAAGAACUCUUGGGGACUGAACCAUGCAAUCUGAUCUCCAUGGAUUCUUGCUUAAAUUUACUUAUGCUUCGCUGUGUGGAGUUUCCCUGCCCGCGAUAUUUUCGAGUGAUAAACAUCAUUGCUAGCUAUUGCCACAGUUGGAGGCAACACAAAAAUUCUGUUUUGUACUAUAGAAUCGCAAAAGAAAACUACCUCUUAGCUGACUCUGAUGGGUCACAAGUAUGUCAAGAAAUGUACCAGCUCUGGUUGAUGUCUUUGAAGGAUGAUGAACAGGCCUAGAAAAAUUUGGGAAGGAUUGAAGCUGAAGAUAGGCAGAGACCAGAUACAAUCACACACUAGUAGCUAAAAUUAAGCAUGGCAAAGCUGAGAAAAGGAGUUGAGGUAACAGCGGCUUAUUGCAGAAGGAUCUUGGAUCAAACUGGUCCUGCAAUUGAUCAUGUCCCAUUUCAAAAUAAUCAUUGAGGUAGGAAAAUUCAAAAAUCAUUUUAUUCUUUUCCAGAGGACACCUCUAAACAUUCUAUUAGCUACAUUCUGUCUAUGAUAAUUUGUUAGUUUGAGGGAAGGAAGAUAAUUUGCUUAUUUUGAUGUUCUGAGAAUUUUUUGCUUGCAUUGCAAUACUCAUAAUUUUCUUGUUUGUCACACCCAAUUGUGCUGGAAAAAUGGACAGCGCAAGGUCUUCCACAAAGACCAAAAAUAGCUCAAUCUGCUGUUUCUUCCCCAGAUAUUGAUCAUUCUCCUCCAUGAAAUUUCAAUCUGUAUGUAUCCAUCUUCAACAAAGCUGGAUUUGUGUUGGAAUAAAAGAGAAUAUCAACCAAGCAAGGGCAAUUUCAUUGUUAUAUUGUAUUUCCUCUAUCAAAAUAACUCACCGAAGAAGUUUUCACCAUUUAUUUUUUUGAUUGAACUGAAGAAGGAACAUGAUACAUACAAAAGUUGUCAUGCCUGUUAUAUGUGAGAUGUCCAGACAUGCUUGAAGCUGAGUUGUCUCACCAUAGGAUUUGCUUGAAGGACUGUAAUGUUACAGUGUAAAGGUCAUGGUGUUGAGCCUCGCCAACCGGCUCCAAAUGGCUGGGGAUGUAGAUCUUUGAUAUCUUAUACUUUUAUGAAGCUGCUGGAGCUUUGCGACCAGAAGAACAAACUGCCUGCAUGGUGCAAGAACGAGAGUGAAGGGAAUGAGCCAGACUCCCAAUUCCAGUAUCAGCAUUGCAUAGAAUCCUGAUGGUUAUUUGGUGCUUUAAGGCAUACAUUUCUUGCCAGUGGUUUGUUAUAUAUACAAAGUCUGGUGGUCCCAUGUAGUGAUGCACAUGUGGAUUCCAUUUCACUAAUUAUGUUUGGUUACUAACCAUCUUAUCACUUUAUCUUUUUGCACCUUGAUAAUUUUGAUCUAACCUUUCUAAAUGCCUUGUUCAGUGACCUUCAGGCUGUGUUUUGGUUGUGGGAUAGAAAACCUAGGGAUAACUAUCCCUAACCUUAGUAUCUCUCCAAGAUUUCAUUGUCCCUGAGUUGAAAAUAAAUUAUCAUUUGACUGGAAAUUGGUAGGAACAAUUAAAAUGAAAAAAUAAGGGUGUACACAAAAAGUAAGAGAGAAGGCAUAACUCACAUUAUGCAGGGUUAAAAUUAUUCUACUUCCCCUAGCAAUAACUUUAACCCAAGGGCAUAAUGGAUCAAACUAAUCUCAUCCCCCAAAAAACAAAGUUGUGUCAGGUUAACAGGAUAAAUCACCUCUCUUCCAGGAUUAUUCCACAACCAAACACAGUCCUAAGGGUUUAUAGAGGAUCAUUUGUCAAGGUGCAUCGAAGGACGCAUUAUACGGAGUGGGUUUUACUUUCUGGAUCAAUGUGAGUAGGCUGGACACUCAACAUUUGUGCCUUUUGUUUCUCAUUCAUUUAUCAUGGUAAAUGGUAUAUUAAAUGUGCUUUGCAUGAUACGGAUGAAAUUGCUUUGCCUGAAAGCAUUGGGCAAGAUGAUCAUCGUUAUGUCCUUCCCUGUCAUUUCUUUUAGCUUUUGUCGAUGCACAACGGUGAUGCGUCCUCUGGGCGAUGCCUGCAAUGUAUAUUAUAAUGGCUAGAAUUCUGGAAAGUUGCAGAACAAGACGUGUUUAUACCGGACAAUGCUGUAAUAAAAGGAUGUUUUGGUUUUAACCAAGAAGGAAUCCAUCCCGGAUGAUGCUCCUCAUAUAAUAAUUAAACAUAUCAUAUUUGUCAUUUUUUGUUGUAUUCUUUUUGCUUUUGGGUCCGAUGAUUCACAGAUGAAUUCUUCUUUUGCUUAAUUGUGGGACAAGGAUAAAGUAGUAAUGCAGCAAACCAUACUUUAAUGUUACGUGCUCUAGUUGGCUCUUGAAGCAUGUAUUCUUAUUAAAAUUAAGUUCACUUUCUUUGCAGUUUCCGCGGGCUGGUCGAUUGAUAGCGAUAUCAAGGAGCACAUUUCGAUAAUGGUAAUGUUUUUAAUCUUCAAUAAGCAGAAAUUGUAUGUAUAUUUUAUUUGGAAGAUGGAUGAGAUCAAUGAUUUGUUAUUCUGAUUCAUUAGCUUGAAUAAAUGGCCUGCCUAUCUGUGAUUUGGCUGGGUGACACAGACACCAUGAUAACAACUUUGUGUUAUAUAUUACUUGCAUGUGCUUUGGAGUCUCUGCCUUUUCUUUUCUUCCAAGUCUUGAAAGAAUCUGUUCAGUCUUGAUCCUACAAGCGUUAGGAGCUGGAGCAAGCAAGAGUUUAUCAGCAAGCAACAAUAGAUCAGUGAACCUAUUGAUGUUACAGCUCUGCUGGGACCCGAUAACAAGGUAGAAGUCACCAUAUAUUUUUGGUGACUUUGGAUCUCUUCCUUCGACGUGUAAGCUUUAAUGUUCUCUUGUACCUGUGUGUGGAGAAGCUUCAUGUGAGCUUGCGACUAUGCUUCUGCACAGCCCAAGCAAUAGUUUCUCAGGCAUUCAUAUGGUUUUCAGAAGGUGAAGGAUUUUGGAGUUAUCUCAUCCUGUCAUUAUAACCAAGGAAUCUUAAACAUUGCACAAGCUAUACCAAUAUUCUUAUCCUCGGGAGAAUAAAAGACAGACCCUGGUAUUCUAUCUAUAUGUUCCAAAUCUCUCUCUAUCACUGUAACGGAUUUCCAUUGUAAUUCUUUUAUAAACCUCAUCCCUCGAGGCAUGUGCUUGGACUUGCUUA